GAGCUGGCCAGCUGACCGCAGACCGAACCUUUGACAACUGUCGCGAAUUGGAUUCCAAAUCGAAAACAAACCUGGUGAAGAUGUGUCGGAGAGGUUUCGUCAAAUUAAAAUGAGCGCAUUCCUAGUGACCGUGGUAGUCAUCGCCGUGAUCUACUGCACCAUAUCAUGGGUGUUACCAAAAAUUAUCGCCUGGACGUUCGAGAGGAAGUACAACGUGGAUCUUCGGAUCGGCCGCAUCGGCCUUCCCUAUUUCAAACUUUGCGACGUGAAUCUCUGCAAGAACGGAUUCACCAUUCACAUAGAGGAGAUCAGCAUCAACAGCAGCUUCUUCAACUCAGAAGUGACGAAGCUUGUAACACUUGUUGUCAAGGAUGUUCGUAUCAAUAAGGAUGUGGGAACUCAUCAGCAGGAGCAGAUUGUUCCAGUGGCACAGAGUAGGGGCAAUCCGAUGGAUUUUAGGAACAAGAAAAUUCCGCGAUUCAUCACAACCUUUGCUCAGUUUAUGGCAAUUCAUGUGUACAACAUAUCUGCAAAUCUGCUUCAUUCCGAGAGCCCUGGAUGGUUGCUGCAUGCAACAGCCAGUGAAUUGCAUCUGGAUGGGAGCAUCGUGCAGAAUUCCAGGACGUUAUUGGUGAACGUCAAUAUGUCUGAGGCCUCUGCCAGAGUGUUGAGGCACUCUGACAACAAGAAGAGUAACUAUGAGACUUGUUUGGGUGAGCUGAGCUUCGCCAUCAGUUUGGAGGCGACGCUCGUCGCGCAAGGACCUCUUUCGUUUGAAAAAUUAAGUAUCAUCAUGUCUCAAACGAGCGCCAUGAUCAGCGACGAUUUCUAUACGCUCUUCCAGAGGAAGCAGAGCAAAGAGUGCAGUCCUCGCGUUACCCACGUUUCCGAUUGCAACGAUAACGAUUUGAUGCUGAGGCUGGCUCCUGUCGUCCCGAAAAGUUUUCUGAUCAGGAUCCAAGAAACGAAGCUGCGUGGAAUGCGCGAGAACAGUCGCACGGAAUUUCGAUCGUCCCUCAAGAGCUUACAGAUCAACUUCAGGUUCAACAGCGUAUCCCAAGUGGGCGAUCUCCAUCUGCCCAAUCUGUUCUUUUCCUUCAAGCUGGACACGCUGCAUCUGCACAACAAUCGCAAGCAGCUGCUUUACAUGUCACAGUUCAAAUUGGACGCUAAGUUCGACUCGAACGUGGUGGAUCUGUAUAUCUGCAUGAACACGCUCCGCCUGACGUACGAUCAUAAGAGCAUCCACAAGUGGAUUUCCAUGAAUUUCCUGCAGAACAAAGGGACGUCGAUGGUUGCGGAAGUCUCGGAGGAACAGGUUAUGGUGGUUGCUGCCGCUGGAGGACGGUCCGUGCUGGAACGACUGGCCUCCAUAUACGCAGUGAAUGGAUGCGCGGAAUUCAUCGGAAUUUCUUUCACCAUCAAACUCAACAGCGGAUACAACUCCGUGGUCGGCUUCAAUCUAGUAAAGUUGAUUUUGAAUCAGUUCAAGGAUAAGCGCGCUAGUUCAUACAGCAAGUACUUGCCUAGGUUGCUGCUAGGCAAUAGGCAUUGGCAGAUGGAGGUGCUCAUGGAGUGUUUGUGGUGGAGCUUCAACGACGAGUGGACGCGGGGUUCCAUCAAGUCACACAUUUGGGACACCCCUCUCUACCUCGACAUGGCACUAAUCAAAUUUGGAACUCACGACAAGAACGAAACUAAGAUCGAGAGUCUGUUGGAUACAUUGCAGUUGGAGUGGUCCAAAUAUCUAGUUUCCUACAUGAUCAUGGUGAUACAAUGUCUGAAACAGUAUCGAAUCAAUCCGGGAGCGACGAAGAAGCGUGUCCAAAGAUCAGAGGAACACAAUCUUAAAAAUUUGAAUGUAAAAUUGACCCUGCACAAUUUCAACGGGUUCCUCUUAACUCAAACGAAAGAAUAUUUGGUCGUAAGAUUGGACGAGAUCUCAUUGGAAAAGAGACGCAAAUGCUCCAAGGUGCAUUUAAACAAUUUCAAGGUGUUGAGCGUCCUGAAAAGAAAUACGUUCUACAAUUGCGUCCGAUGCGAUGAAAUACCCACCUACAAGGUGUUUGUUAAGUCGGCAAUCAUCGAAGAUGAUGUCGCUAUCAGUGUGCAACUGCUGGAACGGAUCGUGGUUUACUGGUCAACUCCGAUCCAUCUGAAACUGCUCUUCCUGUUUAGAGACAUAAAGGAAUUCUCGCUCGUCCUCGUCGAGAGUUUCGGCUCAAGGAUCGCAACCACCCAACAAAAGCAACAACACGAGAUGCCUUCAAAAGAGAAGAGGACAUUCAGCGUGAACAUCUGCGGACUUCUUUCAUUUCACAUACACAUUUCCCAGAGGCACAACGCCAAAAUUGAAUUACAAAAUUUGUUAUUGGUAAAGGCCCCAAUGGAAAUGGCUUUAACGAACACGGGUACGGUUAUUUCCAUCGACGAUGCCGAAGUCUUUACACUGCAGGGCAUACAGGUGCGGCCUAUCAACGCCGACGAAGAUAUAGUGAGCGAGCGCAUGGAAAACGAAAGCUUCGAGCUGCCGUGGAAUCGGACCUGGGGUGUCAACAUUGAUUCGUUUAAGGCAAUUUUCCCGUACGAUCUAAACUUCUCCGACGCGAUCCAGAACGAGUUCGUUUCCAUCUUCAAGUGGCUGAAAAUCGUGCACGGCAAGCAGAAAGUUCCCUUCACCAAAGACAGUCCCCUUCCCGGAGAUUUGCUGAUCAAUGUCAAAGAGUUUUUGUUUGAGUUAUCGGACGAUCCGUUCGAGGUAAAACUCCGUGAUAAUUUCGAAUUGCUGGAGGAUGAAUACAACGAGAGUUUGAAGCGCAAGAAGAAAUUGGCAGAUAAAGUGGAUGAACUCACUAAGAAACAUCUCCAUUUGCCAGCGGGGAAAGUCGAAGAGUUGUAUGCAAACCUGAAGCAAAAGAACGCAGAGAUUUACAUUCAGAGAUCGAAACAGCUUCUCCUCACAUCACCACCUCGCACCCGUCUCUUUGCUUGGAGCAUGACCAACGUUGAAAUUAUGGUGUUGGCAGAUCCAUCGAUCCACGGUACAGAGAACGUAGUCAAUGCGAUGCAGAGGAUAGACCCAGAAAGUCCGUGGCCUGAGGAAGGAAUCGAGUUCUCAAUACUCUGGUGCAGGGCCGUAUCCAUGAGAUGCGAGGAAUGGAAGUUUCAGUUGCGCGACUUUCUACAACCGCUCAUGCUCAUCAGACAUUGGUACAUCUGCGGACAAUUGGUUGGAGCAGAACAAAGCGCACCCAGACGAGCGAAACGUGAUGUUGUUGUCGAACUGGAUGAUCAAUUCGAAACGCCGACCAUCGAACGCUCUCUGCUGCCCUUGAAAUUCUACCACGACUUUAACUGCGAGAUUGAAUCGUUCAGUUACGCCUUUGGCCCUUGCUGGGAGCCAGUGAUCGCACAAUGCAAUUUAAGUUUCGAAAACAUUUCGGCACCUUCUAGAGACCCGUCGCCUCCGCUUCCCUUUUGGGAUAAAAUGAGAAUGCUUUUUCACGGCCGUCUGACGAUGGAGGUGCAACAGCUCACGGUACUUCUGCACGCUUCGCUGGAUCCUUACAACACAACCGAAGAAAUGGAAUUAACUUGGAGUCACGUUAUCAUGGAUUGGACAAAUGCAAAGUUUGUCUUCAAAGGUGAUUUCGGUAUAUUCGUAAGAACAGCCUCAAAGUACGACGACUGCCAUCUGAUGCAACUGCCCAACAUAAAGUUGAUCGUGAACAUCCAGUGGGUGUGUCUCGGGGAUCCGAACGAUCAUCACAACGUUAUCCAAUGCGCGCCCGAUAAAAUACCCGAGUAUUCGAGCAACCAAGUGCACGAUUCCUUCCGGGCUUUCCGCUCUCAGAACGUGAAUCUUAGCCUCACGCUCGAAACGAGACCGGUCCAGGUACCCAGCAACGUAGAGAGUCCCAUGCUCUCCUUGUACGGGUCCACGUUGAGAUGGUUCGAGAACUUGAAGCUUAUCCUGUCGGGGGUCACGAGGCCGACGCGACGCGGUCGCAUCUUCAACAACAUUCGUCCCAGAAAGAUCCAAUUGAGUAGACACUACAAAAAGAUCCAUCUCUUGAUUGGUCUGCACAAGUUCCAGGUGUGCUACUGGAUGUCGUUCGCCAUGCAAAGAGGUUGCGAACUUCUCGGAGGCAGAGUGAGCUCCAGCUCGGAACAUAUCCUCUCCCUGAAUCCGAUCGACGACGGCUUGAAGCACAGACCCAAAGCGGAAUGGUCUAUAAUGUACAUGAACUCUGAACUAAAUGAUUCCGAGAUCUGGCUAAAGAGCGCCCUCACCGAAUGCGACACCGAACCGAUGACAUUACGACAGCCGGUCGAAAAGUGCUACUGCCUUAGCGUUGCUAAGGUCUCUUAUGGCAGGGAAACAGUAUUACCCAAUAGGGAACUAGGCGAUCGCAACAAGGACACGCCCACGCAUCGUCUGGUCGUAUACGAUUUGAAAGGCGCCUGGACGAAGAGCAACAGGAAUGUGGCGUUGGCCUUAUUCGACACCUUCAUGAAGAAUAAGCAAAUGAAAAAGAAUUUAUCCACGGAGGCAUUGAAAGGGUUCCGGAAGGAAGCGAAUACGACGCCCCUGAAGAGGAGGAACACGGAAGGACCUGGUACGCCUCCAAAUGCAUCCACAAUCCAAUCUCUGCAAACGCAAUCUGUCGUUCAGGAGGCUCCAUCCCCUCUCACCAGGAUCCAGUCGGGGCAUGCGGCGAACAUGUUGCAACAGUUGAUCGCCGAAGCUGAAAACAAGGCUGUGGUCUUUAGCGAUGAUUUAUCAUCUGCCACAAGACAGCAGCACUUGCAAGGACUGCAGGCCUGCCAGGAGGAUGACGUGCAGCACAAAAAUUGGAACAUUACUCUGGUAAAUGCUCAAAUGCUACUGAAAGGUUGCGAGACGAAAGGUUACGUGAUUCUGAGUGCGGCCAAAGCGGAAAUACUGCAAAGGAUUCAUAGACCCGUAUGGAAGGAAAGAACUUUGGUAUCGAAGACCACCUGGGUAGGGACGUUAGAAUGUCUACAAUAUUACGCUACGGUCAGCGCCGGAGAGAACGACACGAUCAAUGACAAUAUUAUGUGGUUAACUGUCGAUAAUAUCCAAGAGAAAGAAUCUUCAACAAAUUUCCCUGAUGUGUUGGCGCCUCACAUGGUUGGAAGCGGAGUGUCCGUUGGGGCUGUGGUCAGCGACACCGUAGGUGCUCCGAAUGUCGGCGAUGAUGGACCCAUUCAAUUGCAAAGGAUUGUGUCGCGCUGCAAAUGCGAGUUCUUCUACGCCGGUUACGGCGACAUCAGCGUCGAUCCUGGCGCUGUAGGUGAAGUACCGCCACCUCCGCAAGAAGACGUGGGGCUCUGGGAUCGUCGACAGACUGCCGUUAAUGCCUUCACGUUGAUGCACCACGAUCUAGAUGUGUGCACAAAUUCGCUCCAGUACGCUAUGCUCCUCGACGUCGUCAAUAAUCUACUUCUCUAUGUCGAUUCGCAGCGCAAGGAAGCGUUGGAGAAGUUGGCCAGGAUGCGCUUUCAGCUGCAACUGCAAAGCGCCGAGGAUCAACGAAAACCAAUACAAAAUCUGCAAACGAAAGUUAGAUCUUUGCUCAGCAGACUGCGCAGGCUAGAGAAGGAGACGUAUCUAUUGCAUAAGGCCCGGGUGGAAGAUGCGGGCAGCUCCGAUCUGGUCACUGAAAUUGAGAAGCUAGAAAAUUCGGUGCACGAGUGCAAAACUGAAUUAAACACUCAAGCAGAGAAACUAGAUAUGAUGCUGUCGUGCUACAAAGAGUCUCAGCUUUUGGCGACGAAUCGAUUGGCGACCACCCGAAACGAUAAACCUCUGAGCAUUGUGAGAGCGAACGAGAUUUGCUUCAAACACGCACAGUGGCGUCUGACGGAAGCAGACGGACAAAUCGGUAUCGCCGAUCUGGUGCUCAGCAAUUUCCUGUAUACGAAGAAUUCCAAAAGCGAUGAUUCCGUAGAGCAUCUCCUGGAAUUGGGAUACGUUCGUAUGACCAAUCUCCUUCCCAAUCAAAUAUACAAAGAGGUCCUUCUGCCCACCGAGAUUAAAGGCAACAUGCCGGUCGAGCACAAGAGGGUUGUCAGGGUGUUCUGCAGGGAAAAACCGCCGGUCGGAGGUAUAUCGGUUAAAGAGCAUUUCGAGAUCAACGUCGUUCCGUUGACCAUCGGCUUGACGAAGAAGUUCUACAACAUGAUGUUGAAAUUCUGUUUUCCCGAACGCGACCCGGAUAACAUCGAGGGAGAUCAGAGAGCCGGCGACGAGAUCGAAGAGGCGGCGGUUGCACCGCGCGGCAAGAAAAAUCGAGGAUCGGGUAAACGUAAUCGUGAUUCCAGCUUUUACGUGCACAUAGACGACGUGGAGAAGAUGAAAGAACGAGCCGAAAAGAACAAACUGUUCAUAUACAUAAAGAUACCCGAGGUGCCGGUGCGUCUCAGCUACAAGGGCACUAAAGAGAAGAACCUCGAGGAUAUCCGCGACUUUUCGCUGGUCAUUCCGACCUUGGAGUACCACAAUGUUACGUGGACGUGGCUCGAUCUGCUCAUGGCUAUCCGUUCUGACAGCAGGAAAGUUAUUUUAUCGCAGGCGAUCAAACAGAAGUUGCAGCUGAAAAGAAACAUUGGUUCCUCUGAUGAAAGUUCCUCCCCUCAGGAAGAAGAUAAAGCGCGUAUGCUUUUCGGUGCUUCCCAUGCAUCUUCAGAUAGUAAGAGCAUCAAGAAAGGUGUAUUUAAAUUCGGAAAAUGACACAGGUUCAAGUGAGCUUUUCACAUCCCCACACCACCGCCUAUUUUUCUACUGAUUUUUUACUCGCGAAUCUGCCUGCCUACCCAACACCCAUUCUUUCACAAAGCUGUAUUUAUGUAAGUAUAUACUAUAUAUAUAUAUAUACUGAAUAUUUUUUAGAUUGAUUGUUUGUGGUCGAUUGAAGAAUGUUGUUGUACUUUUAAUGAAAACUAUUUAUUAUGUGGUAUCAAUAUUAUAUGUAACUAGUAA